AGUUGCUUAUAUCAGGAAGCGUCCGGAACGUUUACAUUGACAUCAUCCUCAAAUGGAGCACGCUGCUCUAGCCCGGAGGUAAUCAUCCUUUUACGAGUCCGUGGGCCGAUGGAUUGGAAAAAUGGCAUGUUUACAUCAUGUACCUAUCUCGGUAUGGUGGAAUACAGUUGGACUGAUAAAGUAGCAAUGUUCAAAGUCCAAGCUUAUGCACCCCUAUUACCAGACUAUCAACCCGGCUGGUCAAAGGACGUUAUAUUUUGGUACCUCAAUCGCAGGCUCAACGGAGACAUGAAUUCUUGCCUCACCUCUACCGGUGGAGAACCGGAUGAAGAUGGAUCUGGAGAAUUUUUAUCCUCCCAGAUCAUCAAUAAGAAGUUCUACGAAGAACACUUAAACGUCAAAGAUUGCAAUAUUUUGGAAAAAAGUGAUGUAAAGGUCGAUGGACACACUCUGGGCAAAUAUAACGUAACCUUGUGGGAGAAACAGAUGCAGCUUUCGCCAUUUGAACAUCGCGACAUAUCCAUCUUUUUCCUUCAAGAACUAAACGGCCCGGAAGGUGCUUGUGAGCACAAUGGAUAUUGGGCUCGGCCCUUGUUUAAC